CAGAGCAGGGCAGGUGAUACUGGAAAGCGGACAAAGGAAGGAGGACCAAGAGCUGAUACAGGAAGCUAUCACAAACACAGCCUCUGAGCACACACCCACUUACACACACACACACACACACACACACCUGUGACUCCAGCAGAGUAUUCAUUCAGACCGGUACAGAGAAGGAUCUUGGCCUGAGCAGAGGCACAAUUAAAACCCCAAACUCCCUGCCAGCAUUCCAGAAGUCAGUUGACUUUGACUUCAGAAAAAUGCAUUUUGGAGUGGAAAGGGAGUAAGCUGAGCCCAGAGAGAUAGAGAGGAUCAUCUGACAUCUUCUUCAGUUAACAGAUAAUUCAGAAGUUAAGGACAGACCAAGAAGAGGAAAGGAAAGGGCAGACAAGUCCAAAGGAGAUUCGACAAAGGAGAGGGUAGGCUUAUAUUUCCAAAGAUGGAACAGUCUCCGCAGUUUUGGCACAUGCAGGUUGCCCCCCAGGACACUGCUGGAGAGCUAAAAAAGAAGGUGUCAGUCGUGGGCCAGCCUGAGUGCUCCAUCUGCUACAACACCUACGACAAUGUCUUCAAAACCCCCAAGCUGCUGGAGUGCACCCACACCUUCUGCCUGGAGUGCCUCUCCCGCCUCAUGGCAGUCUCGGUGGCUGACCAUGACAGUGAGGGCGCCAGCACUCGCCUCUCUUGCCCCUUCUGCCGUCACCCCACCACGCUGCCUGAGGAGGGACCCCCGGCCCUGACAACCAGCCGGGAGGUCCUCUGCAAGCUGCCCAGCCACCAGCAGCAGGAGCAGCCAGUGUGGCUGGAGGGGGAGAAGCUGUGCUACAAAAGCCUCAAGCACGACACCGGUGCAGGGGCCCGUGAUAGUCCCACGGCCUUCUGCGUCUGCAUUGACAUUGGGGCCAGCAAGACAAUGGAUGCUCCGAUCCAGACGCAGCCCAGGACUUUUAGCCUGAUGGGCCGGCUGGCAGACUGGAAGAGGAUGGUGCUUUUUAUCGUGCUCAUGCUGCUGCUUGUUGUAGUUGUGUUGUGGCCAUUGCAGUGUAUAUUCAGCACUGGGAACAUUCGCUGUGAAAGUGUGAAACAACCCAUCAACCCCACUGCCACAACGACAGCUACCACUACUUUCAGCCGGUUCCCAGGCAACCAGGCCGGCCAGAGAUAACUUAUAGACUGGACUUCACUGUUACUGUACAUAAUCUUGUAUAUGGCACAUUUGACAUUAACAUUUUUGUGCAUAGUUGCACUUUUGCUUAGUGUACAAUGUUAUUGCCACCCACAACUGUCCACACCUCAGGCUCGUUAGAUGUCUGGCUUUUGUGCCCCCAAGUGUUGGGUUCAAGCUCGACACUGUGGCAUACUUUAUCACAGAGAUAAAACCAUUUUUACUGGAAUUGUGUGUUAUUUUGUGAUAUGUCAUCAGACUCAGUUAAAUUAGGUUUUGUUUUUAAAUUAGAAUCACUUUUUUUUUUUUUUUUUUUUUUUACUUCACAAAGCUAUCCUUCUCAACCGUAGUCAGCCGUUAACUGCCCAGGAGUGGUGGGACAUGAACUCUGGCAGGCACCUUCCUCAAAUCAUGUUCAGUGUCACAAAACAUUCACAGAAUCCACAUGUCUGCCCUUUAAAUCAACACCUGUAGUUUGAAAUUAGAUUAGAGUUUUUGGUCUAAUUGGUUUGAUGGAAUUUGUCAUAUUCUAACAAUUGGAUUUGGAUUUGUCAACAUUUAGCGUUGAUGUAAAAUCUUGUGUAUCUAAGCCAAACUGUGACAUUUAAAAUGCUUAUGUUAACUAAAAGAAUACAACAAAUAGUCAAUUAUGUACUUUUGUACUACGAACUCAAACUUAAAAUAUAUUGUACAUUUGAUUUGUAUGUUUUGAUAUGUCUUUGUUUACAGAACUACAAUAAAAAAGUGAGGAAAGAUAAUGUUCCAGAGAAAUAACUAAACAUUUGUGCAUGACAGCCUCAUUAUUUAGAUUGAUAUCAUUUGAUUGUAAUUUGUUUUGUUCAUGUAUUUUCUCUUAAAAACUAAACUUACUGCAGCAGUGGUUUAAUCUGU